GGUACAAGCCACAGUUUAAAGGCGCUCGGCAACACAGGAGUAUCUAAUGUUACAUUACCACACAGGGCGCGCACGUGUAAACUCUGCCGACGUCGCUUUUACGCACAAGACAACUCUACAAUAAUGGCCGUACUCAAUCAUUUAACGGCAGUUUGCCGGAAGAAUUUGCAGGUCGAUCGGCUUAAUAAGCAGCUGGUGUUCACACUUCGGGUUUUGCACAAGUCGGCGGCCGGGGAAGCUUUUGGGAUCCCCUCGCCUACGGAAGAGGACAGCGUGUCCCAGAGUGUCAUCACAGCGGCUCACGUCUCUGACAAAAGAGUAAAAGUCAAGAGCUUAAAGGAGAUGCCAGGACCCAGCACCACGUCUAACCUCAUCGAGUUCUUCUGGAGAGACGGUUUUAGUAGAAUUCAUGAAAUUCAGAUGGAACACAGCAAGAAGUAUGGGAAAAUCUUCAAAUCCCAUUUUGGACCUCAACUGGUGGUCUCCAUCGCUGACCGAGACCUGGUCGCUCAGGUGCUGAGGGCUGAAGGUGUGGCUCCUCAGAGAGCUAACAUGGAGUCCUGGAAGGAGUACAGAGACAUGAGAGGACGUUCAACAGGCCUCAUCUCAGCGGAGGGAGAGCAUUGGCUGAAAAUGCGAAGUGUUCUUCGGCAGCUAAUCAUGCGCCCCCGUGAUGUGGCAGUCUUCUCCGAUGAUAUUAACAAAGUGGUAGAUGACCUGAUCGAGCGAGUUUCUACUCUGCGCAGCCGGGAGCUGGAUGGAGCAACAGUGUUCAACGUGAAUGACCUCUUCUUCAAAUAUGCAAUGGAAGGUAUAGCAGCCAUUUUGUACGAGAGUCGUUUAGGCUGUCUGGAAAAUGAGAUUCCCCGGGAAACUCAAAACUAUAUCAGCGCACUAAACCUCAUGUUCAGUUCCUUCAAGACCACCAUGUAUGCUGGAGCCAUCCCCAAGUGGCUGCGGCCCAUCAUCCCCAAACCUUGGGAGGAGUUCUGUUUCUCUUGGGAUGGCCUCUUCAAAUUCAGCAUCAUUCACAUCAAUAAGAGGCUUGCUGAGAUCAAGGCCCAGGUUGAGCAACGAGAGGAAGUGAAGGGAGGACUUCUCACACACAUGCUCGUCACCAUGGAGAUGAGCAUGGAGGAAAUCUAUGCCAAUGCAACAGAGAUGUUACUGGCAGGGGUCGACACGACCUCCUUCACGCUGUCAUGGGCCAGCUACCUGUUAGCACGGCACCCUGAAAUUCAGGAGCAAAUCUAUAUGGAGGUGGUGAGGACUUUGGGUCACCAAGCUGUUGCUACGGCCGACGACAUUCCUCGUCUGCCUCUUAUCAGAGGCCUGGUCAAAGAGACUCUCAGGCUUUUUCCAGUUCUCCCGGGAAAUGGACGGAUUACCCAGGAUGACUUAGUGGUGGGCGGAUACUUUAUCCCCAAAGGGGUACGACUGACUCAGUUGGCUCUUUGUCACUACUCCACUUCCUUGGACGAGGAGAACUUUGCUGAUGCUUUAAACUUCCGACCAGAUCGCUGGGUUCGAAAAGAUUCCUCAGAUCGUGUUGACAACUUUGGCUCCAUUCCCUUUGGCUAUGGUAUCAGGAGUUGCAUCGGCAAGAGAAUAGCUGAGUUAGAGAUGCAUCUAGUUCUGACCAGGCUUAUUCAGAGGUUCCACAUUGGCAUGUCUCCGCUCACUGCUGAUGUAAAGGCCAAAACACACGGCCUUCUCUGCCCUGCAGGGCCCAUCCACCUGCAAUUCACUGACAGAGAAAAUUAGGGAAGAAUCCUGUUUAUAAGGUCUGUUGUACUGUAUAUUUUUAGUGUAUUAAUUUUUAAUUAGUGUUUUUUUUGGAAAGACUUCUUUCUGUACACAGUGCAGUGUUUUUACUGAGGUUUUACUCAGACAACAAAUAUGUAGUAAUAAAGACACGUAUAUAAUAAUGGACCAAUAAUUUAAAGUCAAAUAGUUAUUUUUGUUUAGUAUGUUUUUCUGAUUUAGAUACAUUGUUUUUUGUUACUUGUGACUCCUCAUUUAUUCUAUUGUAUAAAUAUAGAGUGCAAAAUGAACAUAAACACUCUUUAUCCUUGCAGGUCUUGUAUGUUAUCAUUUUGAACGCAAAUUUUCAUAUACUGCAUCCUCCCUGAGUUUGAGAAAGGACAUCACAUGAAUGUUGAUGGACAACAGUGAAUGUAUUGCAAAUGAGCUGUUUUUACAAGCACAUAUGUGUGUUUAUGUAUGUAUAUAAUUAUCUUAUUCUGAUCUGUGUUCUAAACCAAUUUUUUUUUUUUUUACCAAGUACCUUUUCAGUUUUAAUGAAUCUCUCAUUUAAAAAAUGUUUGAGUGGUGUGCUGUACAGUAUGUAUAUGAAAACGUUAUCUGAUUGAUAAACAGAUGGAAAAUAUUUGUAAAGGGAUCACAACAGUUUUUUUAGCAUAGAUAAUUAUUUGAUGAAGGCAAGUACGUUGUGGUGUAUUCGAGAGAUAAUGUAUGUUACAAAGGAAGUAAAAGAUUCACACUGGUUUGCAAGGCGCAAAACAGAAACAUCUGAUGUAUUUGUAUUUAUCUUUUGCAUUUGUUACUGUUCUUUAGUUUCAGUAAAACUGAAAAACAUAAUCUAAAAAUUAUUUUAAUUUUUUUUCUAUCUGAAGUAUAUUAAAGAUAU